UCUCUUCUCUUCUUCCGUCCUACUGUAUCAAUAAAUGAAAUAAGGAAAGAAGGGAGGUUAUUACAUAAUAAUAACCAGGAGAAAGAUGGCGGGUAAUAAUAAAAUAAUCAUCCCUUUGGUAUCCCUCAUCUUAGUGGUGGGUGUGGUGUGCGGCGCCGUUUUGGUCUUAAACAUGGGCGGCAACGAUAAUGCAUCCUCUGGCAAGGACAAUAACGGUAUUUCCAACGGUUCCAUGAAGCACGUCACUACGUUUUGCCAAUACGCUGAGUAUAAAGACGAAUGCGCCAGGAGUAUUUCUCACGUGGCUCACAACCGCUCCGCCACCACUAAGGACUUCAUUUUUGCGGCUAUUGAGGCUACACUUGAGGCGGUCCAUAAAUCCCACCAGGUUGCGGUUAACACCGAGGUCGACCAGGGCGCCGACCCGUAUAAUCAUAUGGCCAUUGAGGAUUGCAAGGAAUUGCUCCAAGAUGCUAUUGCCGACCUUCAGGCUUCUAUCUCGGUUGUCGGUGACAGUGAGCUUCACACGCUCAACGAUCGCGUGGACGAGCUUCUCAACUGGAUGUCGGCGGUGUACGCUUACCAAACUACCUGCACGGAACAAAUUGAGAACCCGGAGUACAAAUCUGCCAUUGAGGAUGGCAUGAUCAACGCCACCCAGCUCACCAAUAACGCAAUCAAUAUCAUCGCUGAGAUGUCUAAGGUCCUAGAGGCGUUCAACAUCACAAAAACGACCACCGACUUACUUCAUAAGGGAGAAAAUUCCAACACCGCCUCUCGUCGCCUCCUCGAAAUUGAUGAUGAGCAUUAUUUCCCAGAGUGGUUCCCUGUUGCAGAUAGGAAACUUUUGGCCGCGCAAAGAAGAGGGAAUUUGAGGCCUAAUGUGGUGGUGUCCAAGAAUGGUGGAGGCCAGUUUAAGACCAUUACUGGGGCACUAAAAUCAUACCCAAAAAAGCACAAGGGCAAAUACGUCAUUUACGUGAAGGCUGGAGUGUACAAUGAAAUUGUGGAGGUUAGCAAGAAAAUGAAAAACGUUUUUAUGUACGGAGACGGUGCUGGGAAGACUAUUAUCACUGGGAACAAGAACUACGCCCUCAUGAAAGUCACCACUUCAAAAACAGCCACAUUCGCAGCUCUUGGGCAAGGGUUCGUGGCGCGAGGAAUUACCUUCCGCAACACCGCAGGUCCACAAGGGCAUCAAGCUGUGGCUUAUCGUAGCCAGUCUGAUAUGUCAGCCCUUUUCGACUGCUCCAUUGAGGGAUACCAAGACACCUUAUAUUACCACACCUAUCGUCAAUUCUACCGCAACUGCGUCAUCUCCGGUACCAUCGACUUUAUCUUUGGCAAGGGGACCGCACUCAUCCAAAACAGCGUCAUCAUUGCCAGGAAACCCUUGGCAAAUCAAUUCAACACCAUUACAGCUGAUGGCAAAGAGUUGGCGAAGGCCAAGGGUGGAGUGGUACUCCAGAACUGCAAAAUUGUUCCUGAAUCUGCGCUCUACCCAUUGAGGUUCAAGGUAAAAACUUACUUUGGAAGACCUUGGAAGGCUUACUCCACAACCGUGGUGAUGGAGAGCCAAAUAGGUGAUUUGUUGAGCCCACUUGGAUGGAAGAUUUGGGAUGGGGAGAAGUUUGAGAACACUUGUCUCUACUAUGAAUAUAGGAAUAGCGGACCAGGUGCAAAUACAUCGAGGAGGAAUAGAGCCUUCAAGAAAUUUGACGUGCUUGGUCCCAUAAGAGCCCGAAAAUUCACUGCUGGACUUUGGCUUGACGCAAACCGCUGGUUGCCUGCCACUGGGGUACCUUUCGCCAUUGGUUACACUAAAUAGGUAAAUAUGUUUGGAUGAAAUUCGCUCGGAUCGCAUGUAUAAAUUAUUAUUAAAUAAUAAUAAUAAUUUCAUUUAUAUUGGUUAA